AUGUCCGCACAACAAACAGAAUCCAAAAAGAAGAAGAACAACUCAGCCGCCAAGUCCGGUGGAUCUGGUCCAGCUGUUGAUCUUAAGAAACUGGAGGAGCCAGACUUCUGGAAGAAGCGUGAUGAACUCUUUGAUGAACUCUACGCCGCCCAACAGGCACGUCAACAAAGUAUGCAGGCUCCCAUUACCAUCACAUUACCAGAUGGUAAAGAGAUGGAAGCCACUAGUUGGUUAACAACGCCUAUUGAUAUCGCGAAGAAGUUGUCCAACUCCCUUCCAGAGAAAGUCAUUGUGGCCCGAGUGAAUGGUGAACUGUGGGAUCUCACUCGUCCAUUUGAGUCCAACGCCACACUUGAACUUCUUGACUGGGACGAUGAUGAGGCGAAACAUGUCUUUUGGCACAGUUCCUCCCACGUGCUUGGCUACGCAUUGGAGCGUGUAUUCCACACACGUCUCUCUGUUGGCCCCGCAUUGGAGGAUGGUGGAUUCUUCUACGAAGGCGACACGGGCCGUCCACUCACAGAAGGAGAUUACAACUCCAUUGAGAGCGCCAUGCAGGAGUUGGUGAAACAGAAGCUGCCUUAUCAGCGGCUUACGGUGACAAAGGCAGAUGCCCUGCGUCUCUUUGAUUACACCAAGUUUAAGAGUAAGAUCUUGGCAAGUAAGGUGCCGGAGAAUGGAACCUGUACCGUGUACAGAUGUGGACAUUUAAUUGAUCCAUGCCGUGGUCCGCAUUUACCCGAUACUGGACGUGUGAAGGCAUACGCUAUUACAAAGAAUUCCUCCUCAUACUUUGAAGGAAAGGCAGAGAAUGAAGUGCUGCAGCGGGUGUAUGGUAUUUCCUUCCCCAAACAGAAUAUGCUUUCCGAGUGGAAGGUAUUACAGGAAGAAGCGGCCCGACGGGAUCACCGUAAUAUCGGUAAACAGCAACAACUCUUUGGAUUUAAUGAAGUUUCACCCGGAAGUGCCUUUUGGUUACCCCAUGGAGCACGUAUUUACAAUACAUUGGUGGAGUUUCAACGUAAACAAUACCGUCGCCGUGGAUUUGAGGAAGUGGUCUCACCUAAUUUAUACUCUUCUAAACUCUGGAUGGUCUCUGGUCAUUGGGAAAAGUACGCAGAAAACAUGUUCUGCACCGUUGUGGAGAAGGAGGAGUAUGGUAUGAAACCCAUGAAUUGUCCUGGUCACUGUAUUAUGUUUGCCAUGCAACCACACUCUUAUAAAGAAUUACCCAUUCGCUAUGCAGACUUUGGUGUCUUGCAUCGUAAUGAACUCAGUGGUGCCCUCACUGGACUCACUCGUGUACGUCGUUUCCAACAGGAUGAUGCUCACAUCUUCUGUCGGAUGGAUCAAGUACAGGAGGAGAUUCAAAGUGCUCUAGGCUUUCUUCAUGAUGUUUACGGUGUACUUGGAUUUAAAUUUUUCCUCAAGCACUCUACUCGUCCAGAGAAUAAACUCGGUACGGAGGAAAUGUGGGAUCAGGCAGAGUCCUACUUGCGGGCCGCACUGAAUGCCUUCUGUGGUAUUCCAGAAAAACUGCCAGAUCCAUUUAAGGAGGGUGCCACCUUCACCUUUGAUGGACGUAAGGACAGUGUCAAGAAACUCCGUGCACUUCUUAAGAAGCGCGCCAGCAACCAGAAUAAUGAAAAUAACGGAGCUGCCACCGAAGGGGGAAGUGACCAUUUGGAGUGGAAGGGACCCACACACGCCGAUGCGUGGGAGGAGAACACCGGUGAUGGUGCCUUCUACGGACCGAAGAUAGAUAUUGUGGUGGAGGAUGCCCUGCGACGCCGCCAUCAGUGCGCCACAGUGCAGUUGGACUUCAACUUGCCGCAACGAUUUGGUCUCAAGUACACACUGCCAGCCGCCGCAGCCGCAGAGGAAGGUGAAAAGACACAGGAACAGUCCGAGUCUCAUCAUGUGGAUCCCAACAAUGCAAACUUGAACAACAAUGAGAACAACAACAAUAACAAGAAGGAAGGAGAGGCAGCACCCGCCGCCGCCGCAGCAGCAGCAGGAGGAGCUGCUGCUGCUGGAGAAGAACCACUCUCUUCCUAUGAAAUAGCGGCACGUGAGUUAUGCAUUGAUCGCCGUCUGGAUGCGAAUCAGGCUCGUCCAGUUAUGAUCCACCGCGCCAUCUUUGGAUCGCUGGAGCGUUGUAUUGCCAUUCUCUGUGAACACUACGGUGGGGAGUGGCCACUGUGGCUCAGUCCACGGCAGAUCAUUGUGGUGCCAGUCUCCGCAGAGAACACCGCCUACGCCAAAAGUGUGCGGGAUGCAUUCCAUGCGGAAGGUUUCUACGCAGAUGUGGACAACAGCAGCGCGACAUUGGAUAAGAAGAUUCGCAAUGCGGAACUCGCACGGUAUAAUUUCAUAUUUGUGGUUGGAAACGCAGAGGCGGAAACGCAGUCGGUGAAUAUCCGCACACGUGAUAAUCGCCGGCAUGGCACCAAGACACAGGCAGAGGCAAUGCGCUGGCUGCAGGAGCUUGUGAAUACAUAUGACCCAUCCUACUAG